AUGCAGAGUAUACGAGAGAUGGAACAAAACGGAGGAGAAAGCAUGUCGGAUCGUCCGAAUUUACCUCUUUACAGAGGCUUGGAUGUCCUCAGUGCCGCUGCUGCUUCCCAGGAAGAAGAUCGAGCUUCUAUAAUUCACCUCAAAAAAGUCGAAGAUGAACAGCAAAGAUCUGCGACUCUUUUGGAACGCCUAGAGCAGAGCUCGGGCCGUGAUGCUGAGAGCACUAGUGGUAGUAAGUCCAAAGACGCUCUCGCGGCCGGUAUGAAAAUUGCACACAAGACUCCCCUGCCGAGCGACCAUAGAGACGGAUCAGAAAUGUCUCUCGAUACAACACUCAGUCCCUUGCAUUCUCCACAUGUACCGCGGAUUACCAAGGAGCAGCUCAACCAGACUUGUCCUUUCCAGCAUAAUCACUUGAUCGGUAGAUUCUGUUUUAAUUGUCGAUGUAUGGAAAUGCCAUGGGGAGACAGACUUCCAGUGGCUCUCGAUACGAACGGCAACAAAAUCCAAGUUCCCCCACAAGGUGCAUUGCUAGAGGGUGUAAGAGACUUGACCGAACCCUAUGAGAUUGCCCAGCUUGCUUUGCUUGUCGAAUUUCGCAUCAUAGAACAAGAGCUUGCUACAGUUCCUGGCCUUGUCGCAACUUUCAAAUUUUUUCCACAUUUGCAUGAUGUUGCUCAUAGAAUUGCAAAUAUGGUCAAAGAACUUCGAACAUUGGCCGAUGAAAGCGAGAGUGAACGAGUACCACAAUGGUUCGAUACACUCCAUGAGUUAUUGAGAAAUCCCAAUUUAACCCACGACCAAUACUUCGCACAGAUAACUGGAGACUGGAACUUCCAAGCAAAGAAUUCAGCACCACUCAUCCGAGAAGCUCGAACCUCAUCACGAGUAUUCACCGGUAUUCCAGUAAUGCUCACCAGAGAAGAUGCGAUCAACUAUGAUAACAAUCGCGACGGGCGUAGCGAAGCUGAGGCUCGUGAACUUAUGGAUUAUCUCAAUAGGAACGAGAGCAGAGGUCCAGGAUAUGUUCAAUUCACGUUCGACUUCGUAAGUUGGUUAAGGGAAGGAGCGCAUAGCACUGGUAAAUGCGCGCCACAAUGGAGUCCUCGUUAUGCUCAAGAAUACUACAUGCAUGUGUAUCCCGCUCCUGCAAUGACUCCCAGAACCAAAAACAAUGGCGCACGAUCGCGUAGUCGAUUGGAUUUCUCGAGUCGUCGUAACCCGACGCCCAAAACACCACGUUGUAGCGAAGAAGCCUCUGAAGUUGAGCUUUACGAUAGCAAUGAUGACGAAGAAGAGCUUGAAGGAGCUUACUUCCGUAAGCUUCCAGAAGUCAAGAAGAAUACGCCAGGUCGUGCCAAUGUUACGUGGCGAUUUGUCGAAGGAACAGACAUCACAAAUGCACAGCUCGGCAACCCUGAUCCUAGCAAGUUCUACUUGACUCGUCAAAAUGUCAAUGAUCCCGAAGAGGUUGAUCUCCGCCAAUAUGCACAAAUUGCCGGAUUUGAUUGGAAUAAUCCUGCCGAUAUCAAGAAGCUCAAUAAGGCUAGGGCUCAGAAUCGUAAGCGUACCCAUGGUAAUAUCGCCGAAACACGAAUUCCAUGGACACAGUUAGAGAAAGAUAAGCUCCAAGAGGAGGUACAAGAUGCGAUUAGGGUAGGGGAAACCAGACAUACGAUUGACUGGGAUGAGAUUGCAGAUCGUCUCAGACAGAGAUUCGAUGGUUUUGUGCAGAAGAAGGGAUCCAAGUUGGCACCAGGAGUCGAGAGAGAACCAAAGAAUGGCAAGAAAGACAGAACUCUCAAGACCAGUCGCAGCGACCGCGUAGGUUACAACCGCACAGGCUCUGCAACCGAAACACAAGCCUUAAAAUACCCCGACAUUCUCAAGUUAAUUAACGAUGCCACUGGACUUGGUGGAAAGGGAGGACGUGGCGUGCUUAGAGGUCCUCGUCGACUCUCGCAGGCUACUGAUGACGAGAAGAAAGAAUCAAACAGUCGACCAACAAAGCAAGCUACGGACAGCCCCCAUCGCAGCUUUUCACAGGCUAUCGAUGACGAACAAGAUGAGGAUGGCGAUCCAACAGCAAAGAAACAAAAGAGUGGUAUGGCUUCUGGAAUUAUGUAUAAUGCGCAGACCAAACAACCCAAUCCGCUGGCAAAGCGAGCUCUUAACAUUCCCAGCCAAAGCUUCUUGCCCAUGUUUGAUGACGUAUUCGAUGAUAGAAACGAUCGUCCAUGGAAGAAGCCAAAGACUAUCCACCGUCGCUAUUCAAGCAGCCCGCCCCCACGUAUGCUGAAGAAGCACUACGAUGAUGACGAGGGUAACGGACCACCACCUUCGCCAUCCCGACCAUCUGCAUUGAACGGUGCGUUUGGGUCAAGGCUUCCCAAGAGUAGUGCAAAGCAGUUUGACACCACUUUAAGCAGGAAAUAG